AUGCGCUUAACAGCCAUCUCUGCCCUCUUUGGCCUUCUGGCUGUUCAGCAGGCUGCAGCCGGAGCGCCUGGCUCGGAUUGGCAAUGUGCUCCGGGUUUCCCUAUUUGUUCAAAAUCUACCAACCAGUGUAGCAACCCGCAGAAGGGUGGUAUCAGUUGCGCCGAAGAGUCCCAGCCAACAUCGGGCUCUUGUACCGGCGUUCAGGGAAUGGGUGUCCAAAAUGGAAAUUACGGCCAGAUGAAAUGCAACAGCAACAGCAAGAGAAGCCUUUUCCCGCGUGGAGGAGGUAGCUCUGCGGGCUCGACCGAUCAGAAAUGUAUCAUGCAAACCUGCGGCACAACAAAAGGCAGCGGUAUCACAGUCAACAAGGGAUCUGGCUCGCAGUACUCAUGUACUUCCCACCAAAUCGUAGUCGAACAACCCACUAUUGUUCAGAUAACCCACUACAACGAAAUCAGCGGCCUCAGCUGCUCAUACCACCAGUUGUGCAAUGCCAACGAGGUCACAACCAUGAACAACGCCAAUUGUGGUCAAAGUGACUACCAUGAGGUCUGCGUUCACCCUAGUUCCCCAUCGGGACCCCAGGUACCUAUCGGCAUUGUGGCAAUGAACUUCCAAUGCACGCCGGCCCAAUCGUCAAGCUGCUCUGCUCCUGCAUCGAGCAGCACACCGGUACUUGUUCCCUCCAAGCCGGUCAGCCCUCCUCUCUCCACUGCUCCCAAGGUUUCGCCUUCUGUUACUCCUUCUGCAUUCUCGCCAAUUGAGUCUGGAACGACUUCUUCGCCUGUCGUCUCGCCAUCUUCUACUCCUUCGCUCAGUGAAUCUGGAACGACUUCGCCAGUUGUCACGCCAUCCUCAAAUUCUUCUUCGCCAGUCGUCACGCCAUCGUCGACUUCUUCGCCUGUCGUCUCGCCAUCUUCGACACCUUCGCCAUCGGUUACUCCGUCUUCGCCAUCUCUGAUUGAGUCAGCUACUUCCACGACUUCAGUGCCGAUCGAAACCGAGUACACUAGCUUGACCACCUACACCACAGUGACGAGCUGCCCAGUGACCUCCACGACUGUUGUCAGCGGUAGCACUUCCAUCAUCGUCAAGACCAGCUUGAUCACCAGCACAAUUACUACCUGCACACGCUGCGCAGAGAAGACUUCCUCUUCCACCCCAAUUGAACAGGGAAGCACCACACCAGCUCCAAGUCCAUCAAGCCCUGUCGUACCAUCGCCACCAGCUCCAAGUCCAUCAAGCCCUGCCGUACCAUCGCCACCUGCUCCAAGUCCAUCAAGCCCUGCCGUACCAUCGCCACCUGCUCCCACGACCACUACGCCUGGCUCUCUUCAGGAAGUUGGCACCACCAGCUCUGUACCAUCUCCUCCAAUUGUUUACACAUCAACUCCAGUUGUUAUUACAACCACAACCGAGAUUGUCUUGACCACUUUGACGACCUGCCCAGUCACCAAGACUAUCACCCCUCCUCACCAGACGCCAACAGUGGUCACCACCAGCACCAUUUCAACCGUGAUCAGCACUUCAACCUCCACGAUUACCACCACGACCCUGUCUCCUCCAAUUGUUUACACAUCAACUCCAGUUGUUAUUACAACCACAACCGAGAUUGUCUUGACCACUUUGACGACCUGCCCAGUCACCAAGACUAUCACUCCUCCUCACCAGACGCCAACAGUGGUCACCACCAGCACCAUUUCAACCGUGAUCAGCACUUCAACCUCCACGAUUACCACCACGACCCUGUCUCCUCCAACCUCUUCGCCAAGCCUAGUGGUGCCCGUCCAGUCACCAUCCUCUUCAUCCAGCCCAGUGGUACCACCUGCGCAGCCAUCUCCACCACCCGCCUUCAAGGGUUGUAUCUCAGCAUACUAUGACCUUAAGGGGUGCGGAAGCAACACGGACUACGACUGCUACUGCAAACAGGACGAAGUUACCACCAGCGUGUAUGAAUGUAUCACGAACUAUGAACAAGACGUGGCGCUACAGGCCCAGGCCAUGGCGAGCUACCAGGGUCUUUGCGCUCAAUACAUUCCCCAGCACCCUGCCAUCAUUACCAAAUCCGUGGAGCUCAUCCCUACUCCUGUUUCGACACCCGCUGGAAGCAGCCCAGCCGUCGUCGUAUCUCCAGCUGGAAGCAGCCCAGCCGUCGUCGUAUCUCCAGCCGGAAGCAGCCCAGCCGUCGUCGUAUCACCAGCUGGAAGCAGCCCAGCCGUCGUCGUAUCACCAGCUGGAAGCAGUCCAGCCGUCGUCGUAUCUCCAGCUGGGACUGUGACACCGGCCCCAGCUUCUCCAGUCGAGGCCGGCCAGACCACUACAACCACUGCACCGGUCCCAGGCAGCCCUACCCCGACUCCCGCGCCGUCCAGCAGCGUCCCAUCAACCACAAUCCCGAUCUCCGUCAUCGUCACCGUCCCCUGCUCCGUCGCCGCAGGCCUCGUCGACCAGAUCACCGAUGGUCAGCUCCAGGUCCCAGCCACCGGCGUCAUGGCUCCCGGCUGCACAACCACCUCGCUGCUCUCAACCCAGCUCGCCGUGCCCCAAAUGCACUUCGCGACCUCCGGCAGCAGCGUCGGUCUCGCAGCUGGUACCCCAGCCGCCAACGAGGCUGGUGCGACUGCCUCCUCUGCUGCUUCCCCCGUGGUCGGUGCUGCAGGUGUGGCUGGUGCCUCCGGCAGCGGCUCGGUUCUCGCCUCAACAGUACCAUCGCCCACUGCGACAACCUUCAAGGGUGCGGCCGCCAAGACCUCGCACAGCGGGUUCUUCCUGUCCGUGGUGCUUGCAGCUGUUGGUCUCGUUGUCUACGCCUAA